AUGAGCAGCUUCACCACCGGCCGGCGCGGCCAGAGCGUCAACAUGUCGCAAUAUCUGCAGACUCUGAACGAGAUCAGGCAAGAACCUUCGCCCGAGGACACGACGGGCACUCUCGAGGAUGACCUCGCCGUCUUCGCCAACACAAACUUUGUCGAUUGGGACACUCCCACCGCUGCCCACCACACCAGCCCGGUCUCUGCACCGACUCCCAGCACCGCGGCUCCAUCUGUGCCUGCGAAUACGCCUAUGAUGAAGCAGGCUGCGACGCCUGCGCCGCCAAACACAGACCCGUUGGCUGAUCUGACGACGUUCGAUUUCAACUUGGACGGUUAUGGGUUCGACUUCAACCCCUACACAUCUUCUGGUGUGCCUGCCUUUUCAGAGAACCUGAGUGCCCUGCAACCUCUGCAGCCUGCACCUACCUAUGCCUCCCAUGGUUCUCAACGCAACCAGUUUGUCCCCGCUGGUCCUCCAGCCGGCGAGAAGCGCAAGGCCGACACAGUCCCGGCUCCCCGGCAAUUGAGCUUUGAGGACCAGUCCCGGUUGGCCGCCGAGGAGGACAAGCGCAGGCGCAACACAGCCGCCAGUGCGCGCUUCCGUGUCAAGAAGAAGGCGAGGGAGCAAGCUCUUGAGAAGAGCCAAAAGGAGUACGCCGACAAGAUUGUCCUUCUCGAGGGUCGUAUCUCCACACUGGAGACCGAGAACAAGUGGCUCCGGGAGCUGGUCAUGGAGAAGAACGGCGGCAGCGCCGAGGCUGUUUCCACCCUGAUGGACGGUCAGAAAGCCAAAGAGUCCUCCAAGAACGACACCGCCAGCAAGUCAUCAUGA